AUGUCAAAGUGGAUCAGAUCAGACAUGAAGAACGAAGUUUCUCUUGCAGUAGAUGCUGAGAUGCCAAGAGAUGGACUGUCUCCAAAUGAUUUGACAAUUCUCCUAACACAGCUCUGGUGUCGGGACUUUAAGGAAUACCGCGGCAAGUAUGCCGACCGGAGUCGGGUACAGCUUACCGCAUCAAUAUUACUCUAUUGCUUUACUUCUGCUCGAACCGGAGAGGUGCAUGAGUCAACAGCGCGUCGAUCUAUUUCCCGGCAGAAGGAUAGCUGCGAUGACAAGGACAACAGCUAUGGCAGCAUGCUACAAGGUCCGUAUUCAGCGAUCCAUAUUUGGCGGAAGCCUUGUGAAGCUGAGCAUGCACAGCAUUUUACCCUCACCAUCGAGCUGGUCGAUGGCAUUCCGAUGUUGGUGUUGACCUAUGCUCGGCAGUUCGUAAAGGGGUAUUGGAGAAUGAGAAAGUGGGAACCUCCAAUCCAUGCUUUCUACGAGGUGUACAAGGAGGAAGUGCCACUCUUUUUUAACCUACUUUUGUUUAUGCUCCCGUUGUUUUCGGCUGACCGAGCUUUCCGCCAUUACAAAUCUUACGCCGAGAUCCUUGACGAACUGGACUCCAUCAAGCCCUGUGACUUGGACUCGCAAAGUAACCACGUCAUCUCCAGGAUUCAUUUUCGAGAAGAUCUCUUGGAUACUCCCGUUUUUAGGCCACGGAAUGAGCUGGAUUGUGAAAAGUCCACUGGCAGGGCGAGAGGCGCUGAUUCCUUUGGAAAAGAGUUUGCUGCUCUUGGGUAUCGGAGCGGAUAUGAGAAGAAUGUUACUGCCCGUGCCUGUCGACGGUGGUCCCUCAUGGAAACUGAAUUUGAAUUUCAGGAACGAGAAGACGUCAUAGCCCUUGAUAAAGAAUUCGAGCGUCUUAGCACCCAACUUGCAAAGGCCGAUACGGAAACUAAGAAGGAAAUUCAGUUACAACGACGUCGAGUACAGGGGCAAAAGGAUAAACUGUAUCUUGAGGAACUUAAACGACAACGUGUCCAACAGUGUACUCAAACCGGAAGCGUUUAUGAACAGACCCUCUUCCACUACCGCCGACGAGCUAUGCCUGAGCGGGACCUCCUCGCUCAUUGCCAGAGAAGUCGAAAACUAUACGAAGCCCAGUCGGACUGGAGGUCAUGGAGGCGUUGGAAGCAAUCUGCAACCAGUAUCAUCAGGUUGCCUAUCGAUCGGGUCUACAACCAGUAA